AUUCAACUAAAGUCUAAAGGGAAUUGGAUUCCUGCUGCUGACGCACAGUGCAAGCUGUAGUAUCCUUGAAUAAGAUGACAGCCAUCUCCCCAGACCCUCAGACCCUGGCCUCGAGUGAACCAAGCAAGGUCCUAAGAAUGGAUACUCCAGGGGAUCAAGAAGCUAUCCUGAGAGGAGACAAUAAAGACCCAGAGACUUUCAGACAGAGAUUCAGGUGGUUUUGUUACUCAGAAGUGGCUGGACCCAGAAAAGCCCUAAAUCAGCUCUGGGAUCUCUGCAUUCAGUGGCUGAGACCAGACAUCCACACGAAAGAACAGAUUUUAGAGCUGUUGGUGUUUGAGCAAUUCCUGACCAUUUUGCCUGGGGAGAUCAGGAUUUGGGUAAAGUCCCAACAUCCUGAGAGUAGUGAGCAAGUGGUGACCCUGAUAGAGGAUUUGACCCAAAUGCUUGAAGAAAAGGAAGAUCCAGUCUCUCAAGAGUCUGUUAUUUCCCAAGAGGAGAACCCUGAAGAAAAUAAAAUGGUUUCUGUCCUUCCAAGUACUGAGUCCCGGGAAUCCAUGACGAUCAAGGACGUGGUUGUGAGCUUUUCCAGAGGAGAGUGGAGGAGGCUGGAGCCUUUUCAGAAGGAGCUCUAUAAGGAAGUGCUGCUGGAGAACUUUAGGAGCCUAGAGUUUCUGGGCUUUCCAGUUUCCAAAUUAGAUUUGAUUUCCCAGUUUAAGUGGGUUGAACUGCCAUGGCUGCUGGAAAGAGAAAUCUCAAAAGGCUCCAGACCAGAGUGUGAACCUAGAGGUGAAUUGAAGGAAUCCUCUCGAAAUCAAGAUGUUCUAGAAGAAUCAACUUUAGAUAAAAUAAUAGAAAGAUGCCUAAUGGGUGGUAAUUAUGGCCUGAUGGGAGAGUCCCGGAAACGUAGCAGUAAGGAAUAUUCUCAAGUUGCAGGCACACAAAAGAAAACUCAUGGGAGAGGCAGUAAGGGUGAGGAGUUUGACCCAGAAAAGAGCCCCUUUGGAAGUAAUUUCAAGCAUACCUCAGAAAUAAUUAAACAUCUGAGAGUCUACUUAAGGAAAAAGUCUCGGAGGUAUAAUGAAUGCAAGAAACCCUUCAGUUUUCAUUCAGACCUCAUUCUGAACCGCAAAGAACACGCUGGAGAGAAGCCACGGAAAUGUAACGAAGGCAGGAAAGUCUUAGGUCACUCUUCAUCCCUAAGCGAACAUCAGAAACAUCAGAAAAUGCAUUUUGGCGGGAAGACCCAGAAGUGCAGUAAUUGUGGAGUAACCUUUACGCGGAUCUCAUCCCUUAAGAGAAAAAACUCCCCUUUGUGUGAAAAAUGUUGGAGAAAUUUAAAUCAAGAUGCGACCUUAGAUAAAGAUGAGGGAGCUGAGAUGGGAGAGAAGACCCAUAAAUGUAGCAAAUGUGGAAAAGCCUUCGGCUAUAGUGCCUCACUGACCAAACACAGGAGAAUUCACACAGGGGAGAAACCCUACAUGUGCAAUGAAUGUGGAAAAGCUUUCAGUGACAGUUCAUCCCUCACGCCACACCACAGAACCCACAGCGGAGAGAAACCCUACAAAUGUGAUGAUUGUGGAAAAGCUUUCACCCUGAGCGCCCACCUCAUCAAACAUCAGAGAGUUCAUACUGGAGAAAAACCCUAUAAAUGUAAAGAAUGCGGGAGACCCUUCAGUGACAGUUCCUCUCUUAUUCAACAUCAGCGAAUUCAUACCGGAGAGAAACCCUACACGUGUAACAACUGUGGAAAAUCCUUCAGUCACAGCUCGUCCCUUUCCAAACAUCAGAGGAUUCAUACUGGAGAGAAGCCCUAUAAGUGCGGUGAAUGUGGAAAAGCCUUUAGACAGAAUUCUUGCCUUACGCGACAUCAGAGGAUCCACACUGGAGAAAAACCCUAUUUGUGUAAUGACUGCGGGAUGACUUUCAGCCAUUUUACAUCCGUCAUUUAUCAUCAGCGACUUCAUUCAGGAGAAAAGCCCUACAAGUGUAACCAGUGUGAGAAAGCCUUCCCUACGCAUUCACUCCUCAGUCGCCAUCAGAGAAUUCAUACUGGCGUAAAGCCGUAUAAAUGUAAAGAAUGUGGGAAAUCUUUCAGUCAGAGUUCAUCUCUUAACGAGCAUCAUCGGAUUCAUACCGGAGAGAAGCCCUAUGAAUGUAAUUACUGUGGAGCGACCUUCAGCCGGAGCUCAAUCCUUGUGGAACACCUAAAAAUCCAUACUGGAAGGAGAGAAUAUGAAUGUAACGAAUGUGAAAAGACAUUUAAGAGUAACUCAGGCCUCAUCAGACAUCGGGGAUUUCAUUCUGGAGAGUAAUUCUUGAAAUACAGUAAGGUGGUUGGGGGGGUGGAGUCUCAUCAAAUUGUCCCUUAUUAAAAACCCAGGGUGGAAACUACCACCACAUUGAUCAGUAGGUACAACUUUAAUGGGUUGGCAGCUGGGGAAAACACUUUUUGCCAUUCACCACUCUCCUUUGGUAGAUCGUAAGUAGGGUUGGUAAAGUUAGUAGAGUUGCUAAACGGAUGAAAAGUGAAGAAAGGAUGAGAUGUGCAAUGGUUCUGAAAGGCCAAAUGCAGAUUUAAAAAGCAAGAGGAGUGCACGAGACCCACUGAUGAACCUUUUUUUCUUCAAGAGAUUUCCCUCUUCUAGCAAGAACUGGUCUUGAGUCAUAACCUAGGUUCUGAGUUCUGUCCCGGUUUGCCAGCCAACUCACUGUAUAACCUUGGACGCAUCAUUUGACCUUUCUAAAUUUGGGUUUUCUUCACUGGUGGCAGGAAGGGGGUGGGGCUCACAAUUUCUAAGUUUACCUCUGAUCCUCUCUGAAGCUGUGGGAAUAAGCUAAAUUGGAAUUUGCAAGUUUCUAUAGUAGAAAAGCACUUAUUUAAGAUUCUGAACUGAGAAUGUGGUACACUUCAAAUGCCAGAUGCUGGAAUCCCUAGAAUAUCAACAGGAACGAGUCGGCAGAGCUCACAUGGUGUGUCUUCAGGGAAUUUUUAAUUGGACAAAGUACCCCAACCUGUUUUUCCCUCUGGGCUCUGGUUGAGGGGAUUAGGAAUCUAGAGGGCAAACAUUGGAGCCAUCUCAGCCGUGAGAGUACCAGUCCUAGGAAAAUGGGUUGGGGGCUGGGGAGGGGGGUGGUGGGGAAGGAAACGGGUGUUGAAAACAGAGCUAUUCUGGAUGGAUUAUCUUUUGCGAAAGAAAAUUCUAUUUUUUUAAAAGUUUGUUUAUCCUAAGUACAGCACCCCUAUAAUCAGAGUGCAAACAUGGUGUAUGGCAAAGGUCACAAGCUAAGAUGGAGCCGUUUGAUGUUUUGGUUGAUCUGCAUGGUAAGAUGUG